ACUUGCGCGAUAUUCGAAACGCAGCGUCAAAGACAAAGUGACGGUUUUGAUGCCGAGCUCCCUGCACAAGGGCGAUUCAUGUGAGAGACGCAGCGGCUGGGCGAGCGACGCAUCACUGUGCUAGUGAGCGGCGUGUAGUAAUGAUGGUCGGGGGGCGCGCACGGAGAGAGUGAUAACGCCUCACAGGGAGAGAAAACGGAGAGCGAUCAGAGAAAGAGAGGAACCGAUGGGCAGACGGAAACGGUACACGCCAGGAACAUGAGCCAGAGAAGGGCACGGUAGCUCUUUGGAGACCGCACCGAGCCGUUUUUGAGGCUGAAUAUUAGGUGUAGCUGAACGUUUUAGCUGCUGCCAUUAUAGCGCACGGGCCGCAGGUCUAAUUGUGGACGAAAGGAUAUUUCCUCCUGCAACAGCUAUCUGACAGGAUUGACAAUGUCGGGGAGCCGGGAGGCGGAGCGGCGCAAACUAGCCGACAUCAUUAACCACUGGAAUGCCAACCGGCUUGACCUGUUCGAAAUCAGUCAACCCACCGAGGACCUGGAGUUCCACGGCGUGAUGCGGUUCUACUUCCAGGACCGUGUGGCGGGAAACUUCGCCACCAAGUGCGUCCGUGUGUCCAGCACCGCCACCACACAGGACGUCAUCGAGACUCUGGCCGAGAAGUUCCGGCCCGACAUGAGGAUGCUGUCCAUGCCCAAGUACUCGCUGUACGAGGUCAACGUCAGUGGGGAGGAACGGAGGCUGGACCUGGGUGAGAAGCCUCUGGUGGUGCAGCUGAACUGGAACAGGGAUGACCGCGAGGGCCGCUUCGUCCUGAAGAACGAGAACGACUUCGUCCGUAAGGCUUCACAGAAGAUGAGCAAUGGCCCAGAGAAGCAGGAGCGGGAGGGUGUGAUACAGAACUUCAGGAGGUCGCUUUCCAAGAAAGAGAAGAAGAAGGAGAGGAAGAGGGAAAAAGAGACCUCUGUUCGAAUCCCAGAUGGAGACGCCUCCUCUCACAGGGAGGAUGGGGAGAGGUCCCGGCUGGCGGCGGAGGUGUAUAAGGACAUGCCGGAGACCAGCUUCACGCGCACCAUCUCCAACCCCGAGGUGGUGAUGAAGCGGCGGCGGCAGCAGAAGCUAGAGAGGAGGAUGGAGGAGUUCCGCAGUGGGGACGGGCGGCCCGAUUCGGGAGGGACGCUUCGGAUUUACGCAGACAGUCUGAGGCCAAAUAUCCCCUAUAAGACAAUCCUGCUGUCCACCGCGGACACGGCGGAGGUGGCGGUGACCGAGGCACUGGAGAAGUACGGGCUGGAGAGGGAGAACCCGCGGGACUAUUGCCUCGCCCGGACGGUGCUGCCCCCAGGCUCUCAGCGCUCUGACCACAGGGAGGGGAAGGAGGUGGUGCUGGAUGACUCCGAGUGUCCCCUGCAGAUUUUCAGGGACUGGCCUGGGGACAAAGGGGAGUUAGUGUUUCAGCUGAAGAAGCGUCCUCCAGACCACGUUCCAAAGAGAGCGUACGGUCACGAGGACGGAGCAGGCCGGGGGAGGCCGCUGGACGGACACCCGCACCCCGAAAAGACAGCUUACCUGGUGGAGCUGAACCCAGGGAGGAGGAACCACUAUGCCUACUACCAAGCCUUUCGGCAUCACCAAGAUGGCUCGGACUCCAGGGACAAACCCAAACUGUACCGGCUCCAGCACAGCAUCACCCCUGUGGGCUCGGAGAAAAUGGAUGACCACUCCAUUCAGCUGGUGGAGCCCGGCGUGCUCUCUCACCACUGCGACCUGAUGCUGGAGGAUGGGCUGGUGACAGUGACGCCACGUUGCCUGGAUGCUAAGACGUUGGUGGACGGGCGGCGCAUCUCGGAGACCACGGUGCUCCGCAGUGGCGCUACGCUGCAGUUCGGCUCCUCCCACGUCUUCAAGUUUGUGGACCCCGCCUACGACCAGGGCAUGGCCAAGAGGAGCGGGGACUCCGGGCCCGCCUUUAGGGGCGGGCACAAGUCGGGGAGCAUCGCCGAGGCGACCUUUGACCACCACAGAGACCUCUGCGCUGCCGCCGCCCUCCCAGCCAGCAAAAGCUCUGGGAAGCUGGAGAUGGAGCGCUCGGGGAAGGCCAGUGAGAGGGGCGUGGUCAAGCCCCUGGUCCGGGCAGAGCACCACAACGGAAGAUCCCAGGACAGCGCGGGCCCAGAGCUGACUCUGCCAGCCAGCAUUGAGUUCAGGGAGAGCUCCGAAGACGCCUUCCUGUCGGCCGUCAUCAACUACACCAACAGCUCCACGGUGCACUUCAAGCUGUCCCCGACCUACGCGCUGUACAUGACCUGCCGCUUUGUCCUGUCGUCAUGGUACCGGCCCGACAUGAGCCCGGCCGAGCGCACGCACAGGGUCAUUGCCGUGGUCAACAAGAUGGUGCGCAUGAUGGAGGGCGUGAUCCAGAAGCAGAAGAACAUGGCCGGGGCCCUGGCCUUCUGGAUGGCCAACGCGUCCGAGCUGCUCAACUUCAUCAAGCAGGACAAGGACCUGAGCCGCAUCACGCUGGACGCUCAGGAUGUCCUGGCUCACCUGGUGCAGAUGGCCUUCAAGUACCUGGUGUACUGUCUGCAAGCUGACCUCAGUAACCACAUGCCAGCUUUCCUGGAGGACCCUGAGGAACAUGAUUCUCACGUGUCCAAAAUCGAGGACGUGCUCCACACCCUGACGGGCGCCAUGGCGCUGCUGCGCCGUUGCCGUGUCAACGCCGCCCUCACCAUCCAGCUGUUCUCCCAGCUCUUCCACUUCGUCAACAUGUGGCUCUUCAACAAGCUGGUGACGGAGGGCGACUCGGGCCUCUGCUCGCACUAUUGGGGGGCCAUCCUGCGGCAGCAGCUCAGCCAUGUGGAGGCCUGGGCCGAGAAGCAGGGCCUGGAGCUGGCCGCCGACUGCCACCUCAGCCGCAUCGUCCAGGCCACCACUCUUUUGACCAUGAAUAAGUACUUGGUGCAGGACGUGCAGAGCAUCCACAACACCUGCUUCAAGCUGAACUCCCUGCAGCUUCACGCUCUGCUCAGCAACUACCACUGCGCCCCAGACGAACCCUGCGUCCCUCCCGAGCUGAUUGACAGCGUGGUGGCGGCGGCGGAGAGCACGGCCGACGAGCUGGCGCGGAGCGAUGGGCGCGAGGUGCAUCUGGAGGAGGACCCCGACCUGCAGCUGCCCUUCCUGCUGCCCGAGGACGGCUACUCCUGUGACGUGGUGCGCGCCCUGCCCAGCGGCUUCCAGGAGUUCCUGGAGCCCCUCUGCCAGAGAGGCUUCUGCAGGCUGAUCCCUCACCCCCGCUCUCCGGGCACCUGGACGGUGCACUUUGUCGGGGUGGACUGCGAUGGACAUCUCUCUGCGGGCAGCUCGGACCUGCCCUUGCGGAAGGAGCCGGAGAUCAUAACGGUCACACUGAAGAAGAAUAAGGGGAUGGGUCUGAGCAUUGUGGCCGCCAAGGGGGCAGGACAGGAGAAGCUGGGCAUCUACGUCAAGUCGGUUGUGAGAGGAGGGGUGGCGGAUCUGGAUGGCCGGCUGGCUGCAGGAGACCAGCUGCUCAGUGUGGAUGGGCGGAGUUUGGUGGGCCUGUCACAGGAGAGGGCAGCUGAGCUGAUGACCCGCACCGGCUCUGUUGUCACGCUGGAGGUCGCCAAAAGGGGGGCAAUUUACCACGGGUUGGCGACCCUGCUGAACCAGCCUUCACCUAUUUCUCAGAGGGGGUUGGACCAUGGGCGUGUCUCAGGCAAAGCCAGGCCGAAGAGUGAGGGCUUUGAGCUGUACGGUGGGUCGGCACAGAAUGGGACCAAUGGGACACCCCCAGGACAGCGGGAUCACUACCCUGCCCAGAGGAGGACCAACGCGGAGGAGAGGCUCCUGAAGAAGAGGGCGGACCACCUGUCCAGCCCCAACGUGGCCAACCAGCCCGAGAGCCCUGGGGGGGUGGCAGCGUACUCCGGGGGACCCGGGGCCAAGAUCACCUCCGUCUCCACAGGCAACCUCCGCACUGACGAGGAGCCCCCUUCUCCUCGGCCGGAAGCGUACCCCAUCCCGACACAGACAUACACCCGGGAGUACUUCACCUUCCCAGCUUCUCUGUCUCCGGACGUGGGGGCCGCGGGCUCUGGACGGCCCUGGCAGGACCCUGAGGAUCAGCCGGCCAGCCCCAUGGUGGAGGCUCACUCCAGCAGCGCGGCCAUGCAGCGGACGGCCCGCUCUCAGGAGGAGUUGUGUGAGGAGAUGGUAGGGUACGUCCCGGACGGGCUCCGCCCUGCUGACCCCCCGCCACCCCGGGAGCACCGGAACCACCACACUGCCCUGUCCUCCGUGGAGUCCAGCACCUCCAGCCAGGAGCAGCUUAGCUACUCCUCCUCGUCCUCCUCUUCCUCCUCCAAAACCCGCCACGCCAACCACAAGAGCGGGCCGGGACGCUGGAAGACCCCCCACUCCCAGCAUACCCGCGCCGAGCUGCCGCCCCCGCCGCCACCGCCGCCCAUGGGGGGCGGCGCCGUGGACCACGCCCCCGUCGACCCGGCCCUGCCCUUGGCCAGCCAGCAGCAGGCAGCGGCCGCCGACCGCAAGCGGCGGGCAGAGCAGCGGCGCUGGUACGAGCGGGAGAAGGCGCGUCUGGAGGAGGAGCGGGAGAGGAAGAGGAGGGAGCAGGAGAGGAAGCUGGGUCAGAUCCGCGGCAGCCUCGCCGGCCAGCCGCACGGCCCCCUGCCCCCCCCGCCGCACCCCCAGCCCCGCCCCCUCCCGCAGCCGCCGGUCCCGGACAGGCCCCCCGGCCUCCCCCGCGAGCCCCCGCCCCCGCCCCCCCCGGACACGGUGAUCCGGGACUUCCUGCCCCAGCAGCAGCCGCGGACGGUGGAGCGGCGUGACCUGCGCUUCGUCACGCUGGCGGCCGAGGAGCCCGCCUCCGACAGCCUGUCGCCCGACCCCUGGAAGCGGGACGCCCGCGAGCAGCUGGAGAAGCGGCAGCGGCUGCGCGUGGUGGACCUGCUGGACGGCGAGAUCCGCGAGCUGCAGGCCAAGGCCGAGCGCACGGCGGAGGAGAGCGACCGUCUGCGCAGGCUGCAGCUGGAGUGGCAGUUCCAGAGGAGGCUGCAGGAGUCCAAGCGCAGCGAGGACGACGAGGACGAGGAGGAGGACGACGACGAAGACGUGGACGCCACGGCCAUCGCGCAGAGGAUGGAGGCGGAGAGCAGAGCCCGGAACGCUGCUCCAGCCAUCUCUGUUCUAGACUUGCUGCAGGAUGAGGAGAGGCGACGGAUUCAGCAGCGCCAGCAGGGGGCAGCAGAGGACCAGGAGAAGCAGGAGGAGGGGGAGGAGAAGGGCUACGGCCUCCCAACGCCCGGCAGGCCCAGUCUGCCUCGGCCCCCCCUCCCCCUGGACUAUGAAGGCCCCUCCACCCCACCGGGCCCGACAAACACUUUACCUCCACCCCCACCUCAGAGAAACACCUCCUACCUGAAGACCCAGGCCUCGCUCAGCGCCUUCUGCUCAGCCCAGCUGGCCUCCUAUAGUGACAGCAAGCAGGAGGAAACCGCCGGCCCUGCAGGGCCUGAUCCAAAUGCUGGAGACAGUGCUGAAGCGACAUCCACAGAACCUAACGAGGUUCACGAGGACCUGGGGGAGAAGUGGGAAAGAGGCGGUCGGGAUGAGGAGCACGCGGGGAGCGCGGAGGCGCCCGAGACUCUGACCUUCAGGGAGCGGCAGCGUCUCUUCUCCCAGGAGCAGGACCCUUCCAGCGACGUUGGGCCGUCCUGAAAGCCGAGGAGUCUGGGGACGGACGCGUAACACUCGCAUGGGAGGAAACUGACCCUUAACGGGACACGACAGAAAACCCCUCCAGUUGGGCCCGGGACAGAACGAGGACCCUAGCCAUGUGUUCCCAAACGACCCUCCCUUAUUUUUCAUGCUUUAGGGAAUAUCCGGAGGUUCACGUAUGAUGUACUGUAGAUCAGAGGUUCCUGACCCUGGUCCUGACAACCCACAGUGGAUGCCUUUCCCCCCUUCUUAACCUCUUAAUAACUGAGGUUAAUUGUUACCUGCGACAAGUCAUCUGUGAAAUUAAUGUUGGUGAGAUCAUUCCCUUAAAAAUAUAAAAGUUAGCAAAGGUAGUACUUGAAUUUAUUUUUAUUGAUUGGUUCCCUAAAAAAUAAAUAGUACUAGCUGGUACUCACCCUAACAAUGUAAGAGGUUAGAACAGAUGGCAUACACAGGCUAAGAGGCUGUGUUCAUUGCAGUAGGAGUGGAACUAUAACUUACCUAGCCUUUGAGAGGUGUGUGAGGAGGGUAUGUCUCAGUUUGCCAGAUGGUUUGUGGGUUUUGGGAUUUUGCAGUGAUUUUGAAAAUGCUCUGAAGUAGUAAUGCGGAAUAUUUUGUGAUCGUGUUACACACUGUCCCCACAUUAUGUAUUCCCAAGAUUGUCAUCCUUCUUCCAGACACCAUUUUGUUAGUGAUCCUCUUACCCUUGCUGACGUGAGCGAGGCUGAGUGGGGCUGUUCCGUUACACCCUUCUCUCUGCAGGAUUCUCAUGGACGCCACAGCCAUGGGGAUGUAACAGUGGAGACAUUAAAUCACCACCACCAGUUAAAACGGGAGGGAUAAUGUGCAGCGUUCAGUCUGCCGCUGGGUGCCUCCUCGCGCUGACCACCGCAGGAGGGUUCUCUGAUGUUUCAGGCGCUCAGCCCACUCACCAUGUCCAGAAGCUCUUGUUGGAGGAUACUUGUCUCACUGAAGUUUACCUGUAAGUUCGUUCAGGUUUGAGGUGUGGAAACAGGUUUGCACAUGUAUGUUCCUGUUCUUUUGGCAAAGAUUUUGCCAGUGAUUUUUUUAUAAGGUGAUCCUAGUUGGGGUGGGUGAGGUGAUGGUGGGUUGGAAAAACUAUGAAAAAUAUGAAUACAUACAUGAAUAC